AUGGUGGAACAAGAGUACCAAAACGACGUAAUACGAGCCAACACCAAUCGAGACAAUAUGAUCAGAUUAAUCAAAGAGAAACUUUACGAUAAAAUGCAACGGCAAAUCAAGCAGCUUAAAGAGGAAAAACUUCUUCUCAAUCUCGUCAAUGCCAGCUCGUGGUCCACACAGAAUGCCGAACUGGCUGCCACAACCGCUGCUCUCACGGCGGCGGCCGCUACCAUCGGCGAUCGGCGACUGCUCCGAAAGCGCGAAUUGUCGUCGAAAUUUACCGCUGGCGAGGCAGAAUAUCUCAGCGACGGUGGAAGUGGCGGCACCUCGGCGGCGGCUGGUUACAUCUCUGCUUCCGGCAAAAGGCGACGGCAUUAUGCUACUCGUUAUUCUUCCAAUGAUGAGUCUUCUGGAAUGACUUCUGCGGCAGGAGGAAAAACUAAUGCUGUAGCCGCCAGCAGUGGGAACGAUAGCAAUUUGAGCGACAAGGACUACGACACACUCAAUAAACUUAUCAUGAACAAUGACGAUGGCGGUGCCUCGUUGGUAAUGUUGGACCACCCGGAACCGGCCAAAGUGAGUUCGCGCGCUGCACAUAAGCAGUUUGUGGGGCCGCAGGGACUCAAGCCGGAGGAGCUUAAUGAUGAUUUGGAAUUGUUGCGAGCGGCCACGGGUUCAACUUCCUGA